UUUUAUUAACUAUUGCAAAAGAACGCGAAAAAUGUGUAAUUUAAGAGUUUCUCGACGACAGACAUCAGUACAGCAGUAAUUUCUCACCUAUUUAACGUUUGGGUGGUAAAAAUGAAUAAAUAUGCUUCCAAACAAUGGAAAAACAAGUCUUCAGAUAUCAUAGACUCUAGAGAAGACUCACACCUAGAUGAUGUGCAGUCUAUGACAAGACAUCCAUCGCCUCUUCUAAACUCAUCAAAAGCGACCACUAAACAAAGAAGAUCAAGAACGAAUUUCACUUUGGAACAACUGAACGAAUUGGAAAGACUGUUCGACGAGACGCAUUAUCCAGAUGCUUUCAUGAGAGAAGAACUAAGUCAGAGGCUUGGAUUAAGUGAAGCAAGAGUUCAGGUUUGGUUUCAAAACAGACGAGCUAAAUGCAGAAAACACGAGAACCAAAUACAAAAAGCAUCCUCUAAAUUGACAGGUAUCAUGAUGAACAACCAGAGCCCGCCCUCAAGUACGCCAUUGGAACCUUGUCGAGUGAUCCCUUACAUGAACGUUCCAGCAUUGAGGGGUUUAGCCAUUACCCCUGGUUCGGUGGCUUUACCAAACUAUGACAGACUGUCGUCGGCAUCGUUUUCUCAACAAGGGACGGCUUUUUCAGCUAUCAAUUCAGCUUUCAUUUCUGCAGCACAUCAGUACGCCGCUGCUGUAGCUGUAGGAAAUACGCCCAGUAUACUGUGCCCCCAGUACCCCUUAGAGUUGGCCGCACUGGCGGUGGCACAUAAGAACUCCAGCAUUGCUGACUUACGAUUAAAAGCUAGGAAACACGCUGAAGCACUAGGCCUAUCUUUCCGAGAAAAGCCUCAGCAAUAGUGUUUAAGAAACUUAUUUUUUCACAUUAUCUAAAACAUUACGCAAAAAUCUAAAACAAACGUACUCAAAAAUAAAAACGGAAACAACAAUAAUUUCUCUUUAGAUUUUUGGGCGAUUCCUUCUUAAACAUUCAUUGUUUCAAACUUAAUUUUCCUGUGAUAUUUAUUUAAUAUGUUUGUGUAGGUAUAUUCUUUUCUAUAAUAUGGUAAGAUAGAAA